AUGAAGGACCAAGGUCGAGGUAAAGGGGAUUACGUCCCAGAAUACAGCCAUGGCUAUUCGGAGGAUAUCGACGUCAUCCGGGACCGGGAGUAUCCUUUGCUCAAGGAUACGACCUAUCUGGACCAUGCGGGUACGACGUUGUAUCCCAAGUCGUUGAUCGAGUCCUUCUCUCGCGACCUCACCGCGAAUCUCUUCGGGAAUCCUCAUUCGAUGUCGCCCUCGUCUCAGCUUUCUACUCAUCGUGUGGAUGAUAUUCGUCUGCGUGCGCUGCGGUUUUUUAAUGCGGAUCCGGAGGAGUUUGAUCUGGUGUUUGUGGCGAAUGCUACGGCUGCCAUCAAGCUUGUUGCUGAGUCGCUGAGGGAUUCGACGCCUCAGGGUUUCUGGUAUGGAUAUCAUCUCGAUGCGCAUACGAGUCUGGUCGGGGUGCGCGAGUUGGCGGGCAUGGGGAAUAGAUGUUUCAUUACGGAUUCGGAGGUCGACACGUGGAUCUCGGAACUGAGUACUGUCCAAGCGAAGACGCCCAAACUGUUUGCGUAUCCGGCACAGUCGAAUGGGAAUGGUCGGCGGCUGCCUUUCCGAUGGUGUGAGGAGAUACGGAGGGCUAGUGGAGGCGAUGCAAAUGUCUAUACGCUUCUUGAUGCGGCAUCGUUUGUCUCGACCGCUCCGCUUGAUUUGAGUGAUUCGACCAGUGCGCCGGACUUCACGGCGCUUAGCUUCUACAAGAUUUUUGGAUUCCCUGACCUCGGGGCAUUGAUCGUCCGGAAGAGUGCCGGUUAUGUCUUUGGACAGCGCAGGUAUUUUGGAGGCGGCACGGUGGAUAUGGUCCUGACAGCAGGGAUUCAGUGGCAUGCGGAGAAGGAGUCUUCGAUUCAUGACUGUUUGGAAGAUGGGACUCUCCCGUUCCAUUCAAUCAUCGCAUUGGACUCCGCGUUUGACAUCCAUAGCCGGCUCUAUGGCACCAUGGCCAAUGUCUCCUCUCAUACUCGCUUUCUGGCAAAGCGACUGUAUGACCGCUUGUUCUCGUUGGCGCAUCCGAACGGUGUAAGGGUUUGUCAGUUCUACAAGUCACCCGCAUCCAACUACGACGAUCCGUUCACGCAAGGCCCAAUUGUUUCAUUCAACCUGCGCAAUAGCCAGGGUGGAUGGGUUGGCAAGACUGAAGUGGAACGACUGGCUACCGUGAAAGAUAUUCAGAUCCGAUCUGGAUCGCUUUGCAACCCUGGAGGCACGGCACAUAGUCUCGGCUGGGCCGGGACGGAUUUGCGGCGGCAGUAUUCGUCUGGUCUUCGCUGCGGUGAUGAUCACGACGUGAUGGAUGGACGACCGACGGGGAUGCUGAGGGUUAGUCUCGGCGCGAUGACGAACAUGAAAGAUAUCGACACCAUCGUUGGAUUCAUUGAGGAGUUCUAUGUCGAGAAGGCUAUCGACUUCAGCGUACCGUUCCCUGUUCCUGGUGUCAGUCUGCCCCAGCAAACCGGCUUCUACGUCGAGAGCCUCUCAGUAUAUCCGAUCAAGAGCUGCGGAGCUUUCAAAGUCCCGGAUGGCAAGCGCUGGGAGAUCAGACGUGAAGGUCUUGCGUGGGAUCGAGAGUGGUGUCUCGUGCACCAAGGCACAGGCGCAACACUCAACCAGAAGAAAUACCCGCGCAUGGCCCUCAUCCAGCCCUUAAUCGACCUUGAUCAUGGCGUCCUCCGGAUAACCUGCGGGGGCAUGGUUUCGCCAGGCCGGAAGAGCCUGGAAGUUUCCCUCUUCCGCGACGACACAAGUCUAGUGUGCACAUCAUUAUGCCAAAGCUCGAAGAAAUCCUCCAACGUCUGCGGAGAUCAGGUAGUCGUGCAGGCCUAUUCCACACCAGAAGUAGCCUCUUUCUUCUCCGACUUCCUUGGCGUCCCAUGCACGCUCGCCCGUUUCCCGCCCCAAUCGUCGAACCACCGGUACUCAAAAUCAAGCCGACUCUCCUCAACCAGCUUGAAACAAGCGUUCAAGAAAUUCAUCAUGCCGGGCUCUUUUCCCCCGGAUGCCGUAUCAGCACCAGAACACAACAACAACCCAAUCCUCCUCUCCAACGAAAGCCCCAUCCUCCUCAUCUCCCGCUCGUCAGUAAACCGUCUCAAUGAAACCAUCAAAGCCAAUGCCAAAAAAGACGCUCACGGCAACCCCAUAACACCAACCAACAAACCCAGAAAAGCCGUCGCAGCGGACGUCUUCCGGAGCAACAUCGUCGUCGCCGAAAACGUUUCCCAACCCCGGAACGCGGAACAGCCGUAUAUCGAGGAUAACUGGUCUUCUUUGAAAAUAGGGCCUGGUCAGCUCCGUUUGGAUGUUAUGGGUUCUUGUCAGCGGUGCCAGAUGGUAUGUAUUGAUCAGAUGACGGGGGUGAAGGGGGAUGAGCCGUUGUCGACGCUGGCGAAGACGAGGAAAGUUGGUGGAAAGACUUAUUUUGGGAGGCAUGUUUGUCUUUCGGUUGGGGAGAUGGGUGAGAUGAGUGAGGGUGGUGGAGAUGGGGAGGGGAAGACGGUUAUGGUUGGCGAUAGAGUUGUUCCGGUUUAUGAUGGGCAUGAGUGA